AUGGCCUCUGGCCAGCCCUUCGCGUCGCGUUCUUACGCCGGCUCCAAGCUGCCCGAGCGCUCCAUCAACGCCAAUGCCAUGCCCUUCAGCGCAUCGUCGUUCUCGCGGCAUCGCGGUCUCGGCGGUGGUGGGCCGGCGCCUGCGGACUUUGGGGCCGUCGACGCGUCCAAGCCCGUGCAGCAGGCUGCACCGACGCCGGCGGGCGGCGUGCAUGUGGCACAGUCGCAUGGCCCUGCGCAGGAUACAAAUCCGUUGAAUCGAUUGACGGAGGAGCAGAGGGAGGAGAUUAAUGAGGCGUUCACCCUCUUCGACCUCGACCGCGACCGCCACCUCGACUACCACGAACUCCGCGUCGCCUUCCGCGCCCUAGGCUUCACCCUCACAAAACAAGAACUGAUCUCCCUCCUCACAACCUACGGCGUGCCCCGCCCACAAGUCCACCAACAACAGCAACAAUCGCAUCAGGCGCAAGCCCAACAACAACAACCCGCCGGCCCUUCCUCUUCAGCCAAGGGUCCCGUCUCCAACCCGCAGCACCCAUCCAACCUCCUCAUGCCGCUGUCCUCGUUCCAAGCCGUGACAGCCCUCAAGAUCCUGGAGCGCGACCCGCGUGAUGAGAUCCUGCGCGCGUUCGAGCUGUUCGAUGAGGGUGGCAAGGGGUUCAUUGACCUCGAAGAUUUGCGUCGCGUGGCGCGCGAGCUCGGGGAAACGGGGCUUGAGGAGGAGGAAUUGCGUGCUAUGAUUGAGGAGUUCGAUUUGGAGGGUGUUGGGGGUGUUUCUCGUGAGGGCUUUGUCGGGAUUUGUUGGCAGUAG